CCCACUUUUUAAGAUAACAUAACACAUAACCCCACUUUUUUUAUUUAUUUUUUAUUUUGAUUGUGUAUUAAUUAAAAGCUUAGUGUUUUGCGAUUAAAAUGGAUACCGUUGAAGAAGCAUCCUGGAAAGAAACAUUUUUUAAGACGAAUUUUAGUGUGGAUCAGUCUUUGGCAGAUUUUACUCAAAAAACAGAUUUAGAGAGUCUAAGGAGAUAUUUAAAAAGCUAUGGAACAGAAUUACAGUUGGAGAUGUCCGAUAUAUUAAAAAAUGAAACUGAAGCUAUCGUAAAUCUAGCAGAAUAUCUCACAAAUUUAAAUUCAAAGAUUGACAACUUAUCUAUUCCUAUAAGCCAGUUAAGCGAAGAGAUAAAGAAUUUAUAUGAACUUAUAAAAUCUGUUGAAGGGAGUUUUGAUUCAAUGAUGAGUGAAAUAAAAAACAAUAACUUAAAACAAAAUCACAUACAUUUGAAAUUAGGAAUUGUAAGUUCAUGUCUAUAUGUAAAUUUAAUAUUAGAAGCUGUUGAGAAAGAUUUAUAUAAAAAUUUAGACACACUGGAAAGAAUUGUUAACAAAUUUUCCUUUCAAAAGGUUUAUCUAUGUGAAUUAUCACUUCUGACUCCUGAAAUUCAACAAAUUAGUGCAAAUGUAGAAGAAAAGUUAGUUGCAAAUAUUAAUAAGUGUUUACUCAGUGGCUUGAAAGAUGAAGACAAAGAUAUUCUCUUAAAAUGUCUAAGAAUGUAUGUCAAUUUACAAAAAGAACAAGAAGCAUACAAUACUUUUCAGUUAAAUAUUUUAAGACCUGAACUCCAACCCCUGUUUACUCAAAGAUAUUUAGAAAGAAGUGGGCAGGAUUUGGAAAAGAUUUACUCAGAAGUAAGAGCAAUUUUACAUGGCAAAACAGAUUUGUUAUCAGAAAUUAUAAAAGAAAAUCCAGAGCUAUGUUCCUUUAACUUUAUACUAAAAUCAUUUUGGGUAGAGUUCGAUAAGCAGUCAACAGCUGGAUUAUCAUAUAUUACAGCACCAGGUAAUCCUGAAUUAUUCCAGAAAAGAUUUAUUAGCACCUUUAAGUUAAUAAAAUAUAUUGCUGAAAAAAGUGGUAAUAAAGAUUUAGUAUCCAAGGAUGAAUCUUUUCAGAACAAUCUAAAAAGAUUCAAUUUACCAGUGUAUUUUGAAAUUAAGUUUCAGCAGAUUGCUGGGAAUUUUGAAAGCGAAAUUUAUAACACUUCACUGAAUAAUAUAUAUCUUCACAAUAAUGACCAUUUCUGUACACUGAAGCCUUCCUUAGCAUUAUUUAAAGCAACUCAGUCUUGUUUUCAUUCAAAUGUUUACAUUGACCAGUUAGCAGAUCAGUUUAUAAAGUUGUCUUUAAUGCUUUUAUCCAGAUACAUUAAACUGAUUGACCAAGUGAGAGUCAGUAUUCCUGUGGAGACUGACAAAGAACAGAUUGAUAAUUUUAUAAUACACUGUUUGUUUGAUUUAAAUGCAAUUGGAGAGCAACUUGCACCAAGAUAUAGGGAUGUUAGUGAUGUUGAUAAGACAAUAUUUUCUAUUGUAAAUCAAAACAUAUGGAAUAUUCUUCCAAAAGUUUUUCAACAAAAUGAAAAAGUUAUUCUGAGUUAUAAGUUAGUUCUAGAAGAAUAUUUAAUUGAUACAAAGAAUAAUGAGUGCAAUACACAACUACAGAAUGUCACAGCAAUUCCAAGACUGUAUAGAAGAACUAAUAGGAAUCCCCCUAAAGAAGCUAGUGCUUAUAUGGUUAAUACUGUAAAACCCAUAUUGCAUUUUUAUGAUAAAUUUAGGCCUAAGUUAGGUCAAGAAUUGGAUGAAAUCUUAAACAAGAUUAUUAUUAAAACCACAGAUCAUUAUCUUUCAUUGGUUCAAGAGGUACUUAGCUCUGUGUGCAAAACAGAGGAAUCUUUAAGAAGAUUAAAAAGUAGAGCUUUAAAUAAAACAUCAAAUGAUGAGAUGGCACAACAUCAAACUGAUACUAUCACAGAUGAAACAAAAAUUAGGGAGCAAAUAAAAUAUGAUGUUGGAUAUUUUUGUGAUAAGUUUUAUCCCUUGGCAAUACCAUCUACUAGGCAAGCAAUGGAGACUUUGAAAAGAGAAGUUUGUAAAUGAAAUGUAAAUUUGUUUAUUUUAUUAUUUAAUUAAAAAAAUAUGACUACU